AUGGCUAUUGAAAGCCAUUGGCGAGUUUUAAAGCAUGAUUUUUUUUCAAAUUAUAAUUAUGCACGAUUGGAUUUAAUUAUUUAUAUUAUUAUUACUAAAGUUAUUCCACGUCAGAUUGAUCGAUUACAAUUGUUACGUGAUGAACGAUGUAUAACAAAAUGGCGUGAAGAUUUUCGAGCUGAAUGGAAAAAAUUAUCAACUGAAAUAAUUAAGAACAACCCUAAUCGUAUUACUAAUCUUUCAUUUUGGAUUACGCGUCAAGAAUCAUAUCCUUUAUUGAAAAUUAAAGAUAAAUCCUCUUUUUUAGAUUUAUCAAAAAAUGUUUAUCUUGCAGUUGAAACUCUUACUCCUGAAAUUUGUAAAUUAAUUAUAUGUAAUAAAAAAUCUAAUUAUCAAAAAACAUUAGAAUGUCUAACUCAAGAAGUAUCAGAAUAUCAAACUCAAGAAGCAUCAGAAUAUCAAACUCAAGAAGCGUCAGAAUAUCAAAAUCAAGAAACAUCAGAAUAUCAACUCAAGAAGCAUUGGAAUAUCAAAUUAAAGAAAUAUCAAAAU